AUGAAUGACAUCAAGACUAACCGAGAACUGUACCAGCAGUACACCGCCACGGCCCCCAAGCUGCUGGCCCGCAUCUCCAAGCUGCUCAUCGUCUGCCAGAAUGCAGGCGUUUCUGUACCCAAGGGCAUCAGAAACAUCUUUGAGUUCACCUGGGAAGAGCUGAUCACUGACCCCAUGAUCCCUGCCCCUUCUGAGAUCCUGGGCCUGGAGAUCAGCAUUGGAGCCCCGCCCGUGGUGCUUAUGGAACCGGCCCCUGUGCAGGCCCCUGUCCAGAAGAAGCCACCCCCACCAGUGCUACCACUGCCGAUGCUGCCCGCUUCCACUGGACUGGCCAGAUUCUCCACGCACUCUCCCACCCACGGCCACCGGAGGCCAUCCAGCCAGGAGACCCUGCACAGGUUCCAGAGGCAGUCUAUCCACCUGCUGACCGAGCUCCUCACCCUGAAGAUGAAGGCCAUGCUGGAGUCCGUGUCCAUAGGUGCCAACCCCCUGGACAUUACAAGGCGCUUCGUGGAGGCCAGCCAGCUCCUCCACCUCAAUGCCAAGGAGAUGGCUUUCGACUACCUCAUUGGCACCAUCGGGAGGAGUGGUUGCAGUGUUGGACAGAUGGGGAAAGAUUCCUCCACAACCAUCCCAGCCAUGGGAGUGAACUCACCUUACCAGCUUGUCUACGAGUCCUCUACUGGCUGUCUGAGCUUUUCCCUCUCAACCGGAAGGGAAGUCAAGAAGAAAACAGGCAAACCCAAAAAUUUGGAAGAAGUAGUCUCGACAUCCCCACAACGAGGAGCGGGAACCUCUGCCUCUGAGGUUAUCGAGUUCAGCGACCCCUGCCCUGAAGCCCGGGAGAAGCUGCAGGAGAUGUGUCGCCUUAUAGAAGCCGAAAGGGUCUCGUGGAAAGGGAGGAAUAUCUUCUACCCCAUGAUCUUACGCAACUACAGGGCAAAGAUGCCCCCUAAUCUAAUGUCGACCCCCAAAGGGGACGCUCAGACCCCAGGCGCCCACCAUCCUCACCCUCCAGGUGCUCAGACUUCCACUCCCACCCCUCACCAACCUCCUGCCCAUCAUCUUCACUGGGGCCGGCAUUCUCAGGAGUGGAAGGCACCCAAGAAGGCCAUCAAGUUGCAUUACACCUUCUAUGAUGGGUCCUCCUUCGUUUACUAUCCCUCCGGAAACAUCGCUUUGUGUCAGAUACCCACAUGCUGCAGAGGAAGAGCCAUCACCUGCCUCUUUAAUGACACACCCAGCUUCUCCUUCCUGGCCAUGUUCAAUGCUGAAGGCCAAGGCUGCGUUCACUACAACCUGAAGGCCCGCUGCCCAUACGUCUUGGUCUUGGAUGAGGAAGGUGGGACCACCAAUGACUACAAGGGUUAUAUAGUCCACAAGUGGAGCUGGACCUCCAAGACGGAGACUUUGCUCUCCCUGGAAUACAAGGUGAAUGAGCAAAUGAAGCUGACGGUGCUAGGGCAGGAUUCUAUCAUGGUCACCUUUACCUCCCUGAAUGAGACAGUAACACUCCCCGUAUCGGCCAACAACUGUCCCCACGGGACAUCACACGAUAAACGGAUGACCCGCAGAAUCAGCAGCGUGGAUGAAAAGGUGUCUAAGAUGAGUCGGGCCCUGGCAGAGAUCAAGAGGCGGUUUCAGAAGACAGUGUCCCAGUUCAUGCACUCCGUCCUGCUGGCGGCAGGCCUGUUCACCAUAGAAUAUCCGGUAAAGGAAGAGGCAGAAGUCACUCGGACCAGAUUAAGGUCCGGGCCCUAUCCCGAGCACGCCACCAAGCUGAGUUUAUACACAGGAGAAAUCCUUUUAUUACAGUCUCAGUCAGCCCGACCCGAAUCCUCAAUUGGAGAGUCUUCGAAGGAGGAGCCUGUGUUGGCUCCUGUGAACCCCACUCGGAAGAAGCCCAUCAAGGUCCAGGCCAAGGCCACGGUCACACCCAGAGGGAAGGCCGGAGAGGUUCACAGCCCCACCAGGUGGGCAAUCUCACCCUCCGACUGCCCACUGGUUCUGCGAAAGCUCAUUCGCAAAGAAGACGUCCGGGCCGGCUGCAAGUGCAUGGUGAGGGCACCCUUGGUGUCCGACGUGGAGCUGGAGCGCUUCCUGUCAGCACCCCGAGACCCCAGCCAGGUGCUGGUGUUCGGGAUCGUGUCAGGCCAGAACUCCACCAGGUCGGGGCAGCUCCAGUGGCUGCUGGACACACUCUACAGUCACCGGCAGCAGGGCCGUGCCUCCCCCUGCAUCCAGUGCUGGCACGACCCCUACCGCCUGCUGCAGUACAACCUGGACAGCCCCCUGCAGAGGGACCCGCCCCUGCUGGUGAAGAAGUACGCUGUGAUGCAGGGGAUGGUUCUGAUGUUCGCUGGGGGAAAGCUCCUUUUUGGGGGCUGCGUUUUGAAUGGAUAUGGCUUCAGCAGGCAGAAUCUGCUGAAACAGAUCUUCCAGGCUCGACAGAACUGCAAGAUGGGCUACUUCCUGCCUGAGAACUACAAAUUUAGCGUUUCAGCCUCCACCCCAGGCCUGGAGGACCCUGACUCGGCCAAGACAGCGGUGUCGGGAGACAUCCAAGGAAGCCUUUCCUCAUUGGCCUUGAGGAACAAGAUGGAGGAGCCCUCCGCUGAAGCUGAGAAGAAGUAG